AUGGGUAAGGGUGACUGGACGCCAUUAAUGCACGCUUUGCAUCGGGGAGCACCAGAUGGUGUGUUGGAGAAUAUGAUUAAAACGGCAACAGUUGAGUGUUUAGAAAAACAGUCGCAUUAUUCUGGUUUCACUAUUCUCCAUUUCUUGGCGGCCUACGCACGCGUGUCAGCAAUGAGACGCGUGUUGGAAAAAACCAACAAGAAGAUUAACACGCAAGACAGAAUUGGACGCACACCACUACAUGAAUGUCUAUGGAAUGAGAAGCUGACGCACGAGCAACACAAGGAAGUCGCAAUUCUCAAUAUCACCUUUGGCGCAUCGGUGACAAUAAAAGAUAAGGAUGGAAAGACGCCUCUUGAUUUGUAUGAUAGAAACAAAUGUUAUGGAUACGAAGAAACCACGAGAAGUGAAAAGAAACUAGAUUUAAAAGAAUUACUUGAAAAACUAUCAACUCCAUCAGAGAUUUUAGCCAGGGGUCCCGAUGCCGUAAAAGCAUUCAAAGAUGCACUUCAAAAUUAA